AUGGCGGCCAGUAGCCGGCGCCUAAUUGUGGUCAUCUGGGGAUAUGGGAAGCAUGGGAAAGCCCUAAUAUGGCAUGGACACAGUGUGCGUGAAGGUGCGGCGGCUCUCGGCUGGGUGCGAGCCCCAUUCCCACUUCAGCUGGCUAAGCCAUGCCGAGCCAUUCACGCAUACUUGCAGCGUCUUCCGAAACGUCAGGAGGACCACCGCUUGGCUUGGCGUGAGUCAGUUUCCACGAGGCUCUACACAACCUUCGUAGCUCCGAUGGUAGUGCAGACGGAUGCAGAGACAGCGCACAACUUGACGCUACGAGCAGGAGAGCUCCUGCAGGCGUGUCGGUUGCUGCUUGAGCCAUCCACCGCCAACUUGCCAUUGGACUGGCUGCUACGCCCGGCCGCAGCAAGGCCGACUCCGCCUGGACCGAGCUUGCGGCAAAGCUUGUUUGGAGGGCGGUUGACCUUUGACAUGCCGGUUGGCAUCGCGGCAGGAUUUGACAAGAAUGCCGCGCUGGUCCCUUUAUACCGACUUGGGUUCAUGGAGCUUGGUUUUGCAGAAGUUGGAUCCAUCUCUGCUGAACCUGCAGCAGGGAAUGAGAAGCCUCGAUGUUGGCGAAUCCCCAGUGACCAAGCCGUGAUCAACUGCAUGGGCCUGAACAAUGAGGGUGCCGCGUGUGUCGCAGCCCGCCUCAAGACAUUCUCUCGUGCGGAUGGAAGUGCGCCUAUAGGGAUCAACAUUGCCAAGACACACAGUCCUGCAAUAGUGGGGCCGGCCGCUGUGGAUGAUUUUGUCCAGAGCUUCACAACCUUGGCUCCCCUUGCCGACUUUGUCGUGAUUAACGUUUCGUGUCCCAAUACGGCGGAGGGAAAGACAUUUGAAGAGCCCAGUGCAUUAGCCGAUCUCUUGAGUGCUGUUGCCAGACAAAAGAAAGAGAUGAAAUGGGAGAAGGCUCCGCCGCCUGUGCUGGUCAAGCUCAUGGCAACCCCGGACUCUGAAGACGGGCGAGCUUGUCAGCGAGAGCUUCUGAGAGUUAUCGAAGAUGCAAACGUCGUGGAUGGUCUGGUCAUCUCCAACACGAUCAAGAACCCAGAGGCGCAGCUGUCCAGCAGCGGGCGACAGGCUGCAGAUGCCAUUGGCAAGGGUGGCGUCAGUGGCAGGGUCAUUCAUGCCCGCAGCGUUGCUGCCAUACGGUCAGCUUUCGAAGCCACAGGUGGGAGACUUCCCAUCAUUGGCGUUGGGGGCACUGAUAGUGCAGAGGCUGCGUACGAGAAGAUUCGUGCCGGAGCAAGUCUUGUCGAGGUCUACACCGGCUUGGUCUACAAAGGCCCUGGGCUGCUCACAGACAUCAAUACAGGUCUGCGUCGGCGCUUGCAAAGAGACGGCUUCAGCUGUAUCCAGGAGGCGGUCGGUGCAGAUGUUCGCAAAGCACACUGA